UUCAUUGAACUCAUCGUGGGUGUGGGUACCGGACACCUGGUCGGUGAAAAUAAUAUACGAAGGAUUAAUUUAGAUAUCACUCCAUCUCUGAAGAGGAAAAACAACGUGGUUGUACGCGAGAAAGGGGCUCGAAGAAGCCUGCGACUACGGCGACAGGAGAUCGCGGGGCCCUCCCUCGAGAAAAGGGGCUCCGCACGAGAAGGGGCACGUAAACGUACCCCUGGACCCGUCGUGGUGUUGUCCGCCGGGGGUGGCGGUGGCGGCGGGGGAGGAGGUAGCACCGGUACUACUUGGGGUCGAGGCAGCCGGGGCCGUGGCAGAGGUCGCGGGGGCGGCGCGAACCUAUUCGGUUCAGGCGUCGCCCCCGCGAAUUACUCUUCAGGACUGCAGAGCGUAGCGCCUGAGCUGCGGGAAGUGGUGAACAUCCUUGGCGAGAGGAAUCAAGUUGGAACGCUAACGGGCGUGGGACCUCCACCGGGAGCCUUGGACAACGAGCCAGGUGAUGAAGAGGAGGGCACGUCGACGAAAAGACCGCCGAGGCCACUCUACAGAAGGCUGAUCAAUUACGUUCGGCAGGCCUGGACCGGCGUCAAAUUCGCUUUAGAUUCGGAAUACGAAGAGGAACAGACACCCAGAUACAGACCUGACUCUUUGGCGAGUCUUUGUCGGGCCACGAGAUUCACGGAGGCAGAGCUGAAGAGAAUAUAUCGUGGUUUCAAAGCAGAAUGUCCCACGGGAGUCGUCAGAGAGGAAACUUUCAAGUGCAUCUACUCACAGUUCUUUCCGCAAGGAGCAAAUACUAGCCAGUACGCGCAUUAUGUUUUCAACACUCUGGACCAGGAUCACAGUGGUCUUCUGAGUUUUGAG